UCUUUUGCUAGGAUUCAAAAGGAGACCAAAUGACUGCCAUUUGAUUUGCAUUAGUUCAUUUCUUGGCUGCUAGCAGCAAACAGAAAUUGAACAGGAUCAUAAUCGGUGGGCUGCUGGCAAAAUCCAAAGGCAAACUUCCUGACAAGAAAGAUGACUAGCUGUCUGUUUUAUAAUAAUCAACUGAUAACAAAAUAAGCAACUGAUGUAUGUUUCCGCUCUCCACAGGAUGGGAUUAUAUGAUCCUUAGCAAGCUGCCUACCAGUCCUAGCAGUCCUACGUGGCUGUGUUGAAUGCGUUGGAGAGGCUGUUGCUGUUUGCAGAAAUGCUUGGAUUGAUCCCUGCAAUCUUUUUAGGUAACUAUUUUUAGAAGAAUCUAAGGAACUUCAGAUCUGCAGGACGAUCAACCCAAGAGAGAUGGAUCUCUCCCAUAAAUUAACUAAGAGAGAGCUCACCCUGCUGUAUGAAGAGGUCCUUUACACCAUUCUCCAUCGUGUGGGCCAAGUGGAACAGAAUCAUGUUACUGAUUCAGAUGAGCUCUAUGAAUAUGUGCAAAAGGCCUUCAGUAUUGAUCCAGGAGACCAUCAGAUUAUAUUCCAGAGGGUCAAAGAGCUAGAGAGGCCAAUAUUUUGUCUUAAAGCCACUGUGAAGCAAGCCAGGAAUAUUCUGGGUAAAGAUGUCAGUGGAUUAAGUGAUCCAUACUGCCUCCUAGGGAUAGAAGGACAAAAACAGGGCUCUUCUUCAGCACGUGGUUUUCCUCGUCAGGAGAACAAAAGGCGAUCUAAGGGUGUGGUGAAGAACUUGCUGCCAGAGGACCAGACCCAUCGCACACAAGUCAUCCAUCAGACAUUAAACCCAGUGUGGGAUGAAACCUUCAUUCUGGAGUUUGAAGAUGUAGAAAAUGCCGAAUUCCAGCUAGAUAUGUGGGAUUUUGAUGCUGUUGAACCUGUACGGCACAAACUGGAAGAACUGAGUGACCUUCGUGGCCUGAAGAGAAUUAUUAAGGACGCUCGGAAAAAUAAAGGGCAGGAUGAUUUCCUGGGGAAUGUGGUCAUUCCUCUGCAGGACCUGCAUUGUCGGGAGGAUCGCUGGUAUAGGCUGGAACCUCGCACUGAUACUUACCCCAACCGAGGGCAUUGCCACUUGCAGUUUUUUUUGGUACAUAAGAAGAGAGCUACUUCAGCCAGCAAGAUGCAGGCAAGUUACAAAGUUCAUCGGCAACUUCUUCAGCAGAUCGUUUCAUAUGAGAUUCUUCAAUACGAGGCUGGCAGCACUUCCUGGGAUGGAGAGUUAAGCAAACAUGCUGGUACUGUCCUGUAUCUACACGCUACUCAGAAAGACAUUUCGGAUUUCCACCAAGACUUGGCGCACUGGCUGGCUUACAGCAAGCUGUAUCAGUUCUUGGAGUUCAAUAGCAGCUGCCUACUCCAUCAGAUUACCAGCAUAGAGUAUCAGUGGAUUCAAGGCCGAUUACGAUCUGAGCAGACAGCUGAAUUGGCAGAAUCUUUCCAGUCCUUACUGAACUAUGGGAUUUCUCUUCUUCAAAGGUUCCGGAUUAUCUUCCCACUCACCUCACCCAAAUCUACACAGAGGCUGCAGUCACUGCUCAGGGUUUUGGUCCAAAUGUGUAAAAUGAAAGCCUUCAAAGAACUUUGUACUCCGACUCCUGAUCUUGAAGAAAUGGUAGUACAGGCCCUUAAGACUGGAACAGCAGAGUGGUUUUACAUAAAGAAGCAACACUUGAAGCCAAUGGUAAAGACAAUGGAGGAAUGUGGCAAAGCUCUGGUCUGUCUUCUUCAGGAGGUGAAUGCAGAUCUCCAAGAGUGUCACAAAACCUGGAACAAAUAUUUCAUCAGCACCAUGAGACUAGAUCUCUUCUCAAUUGCAUAUCUUAAAAUGCAGGAACUGGUUUCUUGUUAUGUCAAAGAGCAGCUGAGCAAGAUUGACAGUGGCAUGUCCCAAUUAACAGCAGAGAGCCUUUUCCAACUUUAUCUCAGCAUGAAGGACUUUUAUAACAUGAAGGAUUUUGUGUGCAGCAGGGAUACACCACUUGCAUUGACUGGUUUCCAUCUAUGGUUUAAAGAAGCCAUCCCCUUGUGGCUACAGAAGACCUACACAAUAGCUCUAGAAAGGACCCAAAGAGCCAUCCAAGUGGACCAGUUGACACCACUGGGAGAAUUGAAUAAACACAGUACAUCCAUUGUUGACCUAUCCACUUGCUAUGCUCAGAUGGUGAAGACAUGGCAACAGCUGGAUUGGCCUGAUCCUGAGGAGGCCUUUAUGAUCAUGGUGAAAUUUGUCGAGGACAUGUGUAAAAUUGCUCUGAUGUACUGUCAGAUGAUCAAAGCAAGGGCAGAGGAAUUAUCUUCCAAUCAAACUGAGGCAGGACAAGCAGCGAACAGGCUCUGUGUGGUGGUGAACAACAUUGAGCAGCUCCGGAUGAUGAUCCUGAAGUUGCCCAAACAGCUAAACUGGGCACGCUUGGAACAGAACAUCGGACCUGUCAUUACCUCAGAGCAGAUCCAGCACACGCUCCAUCAACAGCUUCAGGCUUCUGUUUCCUGCCUCAACAAUGAGAUCCGAGGAGUGGUGCAGACUCUGGUGACCAAAAUGAAUGCUAGAAUUGCCCAACACAUCCAGCAACUGUCUGUUUGCAGUGACUCUGAUAACCCAGAGGAUUGCAUCACGCCUUUAAUGAGAUUCUUGGAGCACGAGCUUCAGUAUCUAAACAUGAACCUUGUCCAGGAGAAUUUUAACAGUCUUCUGGAGCUUCUGUGGAAUCACACCUUGGACUUGAUAAAAGAUGCUACAAAACAACAAGUUGGAAAAUUGGACUACUUUAGGAAAUUUCAGUUUGCCCUCCAGAGCUUGGAACUUUGCUUUCAUGGAGAAGGCUGUGGACUAUCCAAAGAUGCCCUUCACACACCAGCUUUUAUAGCUCUGGAGAAAGAGUUGGAUCUUUGCUCCUCUACCAGCAGAAAACUUAUCGAAAAGUAUUUCAGUGCUCGAAUCCAGCAGCAGGAAGCGGCCACUCCUGAAAAAUAUGGUGCUGUGACUAUCAAAGCUUUUUACCGUCACUCAGAACAGAAACUGUAUAUUGAAGUACUCAAUGCUGUUAAUCUCCUUCCCAUGGACUCCAAUGGCCUAAGUGACCCCUUCAUCCAACUCACUCUGGAGCCACAUCAUGAAUUCCCUGAGAUUGCAACACGGACAACUGAGUGCAUAAAGAACAAUCUCCAUCCUCUGUUUGAUGAAGCCUUUGAAUUUUUGGUUCCUCCAGAAAAAUGUCAGCAAGACGGAGCAUGUCUGCUGCUUACAGUGUUUGACUACGACACCCUGGGAGCAAAUGACCUGGAAGGAGAAGCUUUUCUCCCACUCUGCAGGGUCUUGGGACUGAAUGAGCCUGAAGAGCCAAUCAACCCAUCCAUAGUACCACAGAUUCGUUUAUCUUUAACUCAUCCUGGAACUGCUGGCAAUGACAUCCUGAAGCUCCUGGGGACCCGCAAAAAAGACAAGGAAGCACAGGCCUUCGUGAAGCUACGCAAACAAAGAGCAAAGUAUUCCAAGGAGCUGGCAUGAUGCAGUCAAGCAAAAUGGGUGAAAGCACAGGUUGAACCAAGGUACCACAGAAGUUCUGCUGCCAUGGCAACCGCUGUUCCUAUGGGGAGAGUAGGUAGCCAUGAGGCUCUUGUUAUUCUUCCUGGGGGCUUUGAUGCAACCAGCCAGAUACUGGAAGCUCUUUAUCCAUGCAAUUUGAAGCUGCCGGUUGUAUUUCGAUGAACAAUUGAUCCAUUUUCAUCUAAGAGACAACAGGAAGGAGUCAUAUCACCCACCCCACUCCCCACUCUUUCUUUGCAGCAGGAGUUUGAAAAGAAUGAAAAAAGGGGAAUAUUGGAAGCUGCUACAGGCUGUCGCAAGCUGAUCUAUGCCCAUCAUUAUGUGCGUAAUACACCUCUGCUGGGAAGAACCAGGCUGCUUGAGUAGUGAAGCUUGUGAUGAGCCUCUUGUGGACCUUCUGCAGGAAUUCUUUACUCUGUGCUCCAGAUGGCACGGGAAAGGGGCUCCCAAGGGAAAGGAAAUAAACAUUUUGGAAGUGGAAAAAACGGGUGUGUUUUCUAGCCUAUUACAGAGUCUGGGACUGCCUUCUGCUUAAACAGCUUGAUUUAAAAAAACAACAAACUGAAAAACUGCUGGUAACGGCUUCCAGGUCUUUUUAUAUCCAGGGCAUCGUUUUCAUAAUUGCAAAGGCAGCUCAGCAAGGUCUGAAAAACCCUUGUGGUUGAAAGCAAUGGAUGAAUUAAUAAUUAUUGUACAAUCCUCUCCUCUACCAACAGUACUCUUCUUGCUAUAGCUAUAACCUUAUAGCUUUCUCUUAGGGGGAAUCACGGGGGCCUGAGAUGACACUUGUUACAAAAGCAGAAUUUUGGAGGAUGAGGGUAACAAAAUGUCUUCACUUCCACAGCAUGAAGAAAAAGUUAUGCUGCUGUGAAUUAAUCUCAGGUAAAUAAAUUCAGGAGCAUGAAAGAAGACAACAAUAUUGCAGAAAUACAUUUCUGCAGUUUUUCAAAGUUUUGUCAUUUUUUUCCUGUGCUGGGAUCCAUGUUGCCAUGACAAUUACAGCUUCACGUGCUCUUCCUUCUGAGAGGGCUCGUUUUCAUGCCCCAGUGUCCAAAAUUAAACGUUUCCAUAGACAAAGGAAGAAAAUAAUUAAGCAGACUAAAGUUCUCAGCUGUUUUUUCUCUCUCUCCCAUCAGAAACAGCAAGACUACCCGGUUAAAUAAAACUAGGGCACACUGUUUCACCAUGUGAGAAAGGAAUUAGGCCUCAGGAUUAGGGAACAAGAGGUGGGGGGAAGGGAGAGAUCAAAACCUCAUGAUGGCUGCUUCAAGUAUGUUGAAGCUGUCAUACUUCAAAGAUUGUUCACAGGAUUAGAAAACAGCAUUGCAUAUUUGUAGCCUUAGGUCCAGCUCCCUUUAUCCUCUCCACAAGAGUGUAGAUAUGGCUACUCAGACCUGAAAUGCAUUUAAGGGUAUUUAAAUAUUCCUAGCCAUAAUUAGAGCCCAUUUCUCACUAAUAAGAUUCAGGCAGGUUAAAAUGUAUUGCUCUAAACUACUUAUCUGUGAAAGGCAGAUCUGCUCCCAGAAAGACCUGCUGCCUAAAUCACUACAGAUGCAAACCGAGCAGAUGUUACUAUUUUUCUGGCAAUAAGCAUAGCCUAGCAUGAUUCAGAGACGAACAGAAGUGUGGAGAGCACAGCUGGGCCCCAGGGUUCAUACAGUUUAAGAGUCAACUCCUUGUUAAAUCUGCUCCUCAUAAAUAAAUCUGCUUUCAAGCUAAGGUUACAGCUGUGCAUUGCAGAUGUGACUUUCAUAACUCAUGUUGUGCAAAAUGCUUACCUUUAGGUGGUAACCACCCCACGUUUACUUGUUGUAAAUAUAACUUGUUCCUGCCACUUAAUAUUUUCCUGCCAUUGGUAAGACUGAUAGUAUUUCUGCAUCUUUGCCAACUCUGUGGCAUCCUUACUUAAAAGUUCAAUCACAUUAAUAGCUCUAAAACAAAAGUGUUAUACUAGGUGUUUUAUUUGCCAUUUAUUUUGAAAAUAUAAGACAACAUGUGCCCCAUGGGAAUUUUUUCAGCGAGAUUUCCUUACCUAAAAGAGAGACAGAUGACCAAGGGUGGACAAAAAAGCAGUGGGAGCAGUAGCAACUUCUGAUUUCUGCCAGCUUCCCCAUUGAGUCUCCUUGAGGAAAUCUGGCAGAGAACACAAGAAAUCUUUAAUCCCUUCCCUACCUACUGUAGCAGGCAGAUAAUGGCUGUUACUGGGUGGGGGAGGGAGGAAGAGAUUGUGAGCUUGGCUGGGAAACUUGUCACAGAAUGUUGAAAAUGAAGUUCACACUAUCACAGUUGCAACCAGUACCACUGUAACAGCCAAAAUUUCUCCAAAUUUCAUUCCUCAGGAGUCAUGGGUCGCAGAUUCUGGGUGCUCUCUGUAAGUAAGCCCAUUUGGAGUGUCUUGGUUAAAGAAUUGCCAAAAAUGCAUCAUUUGCCUAAACAUAUGAGUUUUAAUAGGAUAUAGAUGGAUUCACUGGGUUGCAACCCAUUGCAUUAUCAUCUUUAAUGUGCCAAGAGACUUACCACUAUUUAUGAUACGUGUAUAUGAAAAGUUAAGAAUCUCCAAAGGCUCAGUGUGAUUCAACCUAUGCUUAACAUGAUU